AUGAUCGCUGAUUUGGAGGACACCAGCGGAUAUCUCGACGACAUCAUCGUGGCAAAUGACACUUUGGAGGGCCACAUUUCCGAAAUCGAGCGGUUGCUAGGUCGCAUCGAAGAGUAUGGUUUCCAUCUGAAAAUCGAGAAAAGUACUUUCUUUAUGCAACAAAUAAAGUCCAUGCACGAUUUACGUCACCCGUUUGAUGCCCUGCUCAAGAAAGAAGUCAAGUGGAACUGGUCGGAAGAUUGUCAAAAGUCGUUUGACAAAUUCAAGAAACUGUUGCAAUCUGACUUACUUCUGACCCACUACAAUCCCAAACUGGAGAUGAUUGUAGCAUCUGACGCGUCGCAGUAUGGAAUUGGUGCUGUUCUACUGCACCGUUUCCCCGAUGGUUCCAUCAAGGCAGUUUGUCACGUUUCUCGAACACUCACAAGCGCUGAGAAAAACUACUCCCAAGGCGAAAAGGAAGUAUUGGCCCUCAUUUUUGCCUGCACAAAGUUCCACUGUACAAUUUUUGGCCGGCAUUUUACCCUCCACACCGAUCAGAAGCCUCUUCUAGGUAUUUUUGGAUCCAAGAAAGAUGUGCCGGUCCACACAGCAAGCAGACUACAACGGUGGGCACUCGUUCUUUUACAAUACAAUUUCAAGAUCGAGUUCAAAUCAACUGAAAGCUUCGGGCAUGCAGACGUCUUAUCAAGAUUAAUUGGACAACACUCCAAGCCAGAUGAAGACUACGUGAUCGCUAGCAUGCAACUUGAAGCCGACAUACGCAGUUUACAAGCCGAAUCUGUAGCAGCAUUACCAGUCGAUCACCAGAUAAUUUUGCACGAGACCAAACAGGACAGAACCCUCCAAAAGGUGCUCCAGUUUCUCCGUAGCAAUUGGCCAUCAUCCACAUCCAACGCUGAUUUGCUGCAAUUUUUCAAAAGGAAGGACUCAUUUUGCGAAAUCGACGAAUGUGUCAUGUUUCUGGACCGAAUCGUGAUUCCAGCAACAUUACGUGAAGCAGUUCUAAGGCAACUUCACGUGGGUCACCCAGGAAUGAAGCGGAUGAAAUCGAUUGCGAGAAGCUACGUCUAUUGGCCUAACAUCGAUUGCGACAUAGAAGAUUUUGUUCGGAAAUGUUUCAGUUGUGCCAUAGCAGCAAAAGCUCCGGUGAAAUCAACGCUCUCUUCCUGGCCAAUUCCGACGGAACCAUGGACUCGGUUACAUUUGGAUUACGCUGGUCCUGUUCGAGGUAAAUUCUAUCAGGUUACUAUAGACGCUUGUUCCAAAUGGCCAGAAAUUUUUGCAACCAACAACACAACCGCCUCAACAACGGUAGCGAAAGUUCGUGAAUGUAUUUCCCGUUUCGGUUGUCCACAUUCUAUCGUCACUGACAACGGUACCCAGUUCACAUCCGAACUUUUCGCUAAGAUGUGUCAAGAAUAUGGAAUCGAGCACGUCAGAACUCCAGCUUUUCAUCCUCAGUCCAAUGGUCAAGCAGAGCGUUUCAUCGACACACUCAAACGAGCUCUCCUCAAGAUGAGGGAGAAAAAUCCAGAUGAAGCGUUGCUGACUUUCCUCGAAACCUUCAGGUACACUCCGAACGCAUCACUUCCACAGAACAAAUCUCCUGCUGAAGCUCUCCUGGGUCGGAAAAUUCGCACCAAAUUCGAUUUGAUGAAGCGUUCCAGACCUCAACCAGAAGCACGGUUCCAAGCAACGGUUGUUCCAGCCGAACGAGAAAGUGUUUGCUUUGAUUCACAUCCGAAAUCAGCAACACUGGGCCCAAGUGAAGCUGAAGACAUUGGUCAACCCGCUGAUUCCGAAGCAGACGUACAACAAGAUCAACUGCAGACAUUGCCAGAAAUCAUCGAUGAAGCUGGUCCAUCUCAUCCACGAAUUCCUGAAGAGGUUCGAAUUACAAGGAAACGAGCUGCGAAAAUAACGCCACCCCGAAAGCGCCGCCAUUUGCCAUCCUAUUUCCAGUACUACGAACUUUUCUAA